AUGCCAUCACCAUUUAGUAUGUUGAGUCAUGCAAAUUGUCUCCUACAUGCUCCCCGCCGAGUGUUCUACGAAAGCAGCAUGCGUGGAAUUCUCCAGCAUGCUUCCGAAACAGCAUUCCUGGAGAGCGCAAGAACUAUUUUCUGUGUAUUUUUAGUCAUCCGAACGUUCGUACGCACACAGACAGACACAGAUGUAAGCGGAAGUGAUAGAGUGGCCAACAUCAGGUUGAAGCUGGUAGUGAUGUUGCCGCAGAUGAAAGCAACAAUUACAUUACCAGAUGACAAAACCAGAUUGGACAGAGAUGUGUCGGCAGCUAUAUCUACCACAAUUGCACAGCUUGAUAAAAUUGAAGUGUGUGAAAGUCAGCGAGGAUCCCCAGAAGGAGAUUCAGGAGGCCAAGAGACUGAGGAUGAAAGGAGAGAACGUCAAGAGAGGAGAGCCGUAGGAGAUACCAGCACACUUGACAAAAAGUCUCCAGAUGGAAAGCAUAGCGAUGGAGGAAGUCUAGGAGAAAGACGUUCAGUGUCUAGGUCAUCUAAUCGGCGCAGCUCGGGUCUUGGUCACCUUCCCUCCUAUCUGGAGAGAAGGCGAAGUAAUUCCCAUGCUCCAAAGCAGCCACCUGAUGAGCGCACAAUUCUUCGGGCUGGUGGUUACCAGGCUUCCACUACUAACACAUCUCCUAAUUCUACCACUAACACCACUGAAUGGUCUCUUGAUGAUGAUGAUGAAGAUGACCUGGACAUAAGUGAUAUAUGUGAUGAAGUCUUACUCAGUCCAGAAGAGCCUAGCAUUGACUGGGAGGAACAGCUCUCCCCUGAGUCCCCUAGAAUCACCAGGGACCCCCCUGGGACAUCCACAUCAAGGGUCACGAGGUCACCUCAGGCCCGGGACAUUCAUUUAGAUUCAAGAGAUAGGCAUUCAGAUGCAAGGGAGAGCCUUUCUGGUUCAAGAGACAAUCUCUCAGGCUCCAGAGACAGGUUGUCAGGCUCCAGAGAUAGUCUGUCUGGUUCAAGAGACAGAUUGACUAGUACACAUGAUGGUCUCUCGGGUUCCAGAGAUAGACUAACAGGAUCACGAGAAAGACUCUCAGACUCUCGGGAAAGGCAUCCUGAAAGUCGUAGCAAGCGCAUGUCUUCUCGCCAUACUACAUCAUUUCAAGGUGAUAAUAUUGAGAAUGGAGAAAGAGGAUCUGAGCGACUCUCUGCCAGAGAGGUUUUCUGGCUUCGCACUUCAAGACCACGCUGGAGGAGAAAAGUUGCUUCAGCUGAUACAAGCCCAGAGGAACCCAGAAGAAAUCGAUUUGGUCGAGGUUGGUCUAUUGAUGGCCGUGGUAGUCAUUCAGACACAGAAGACCCAGACAUCCUCUAUGAUAGACGACAUCUUCUGAGUAAAGAUGCAAAGAUUCAAUCACCCACUUCUCAUAGUACAGCCAGUCCACCCAGUCCACAUGGUAUGUACACUUGGCCACCACAGCAUAACCGUCAUCGUCACCACAGUUCUUCAGAAAAUGAUGAAUAUGAGAAUGAAGAGGAUUCCAGUCAUCAGCAGUCUUCCCAACGGGCUGGAGAUCAUUAUGACACCAUGACCUUGCGGCGUCCUUCAACUUCAAGUCGUUAUGAUGCCUCACCUGUUCAUGAUGCUCAUCGUUUUGACAUCUCUCCAAGAAGAAGCAAACCAUCUGAUUCAUAUGACUCACAUUCACAUGCUAAAGAUAAAACUUCCAAACAUCAAGAAAAACUCACUCAUUAUUACAGACACAACACAUUAUUUAUAGCUCAUCUGCAGAGAACACCCAAUCAUCAGCAAAAGUAUUCAUCUUCAUCACAUUCAGCUGAAGGGCAGUCUAGACAUGUAGAAUCAGGUGGUCGCAAGCGGGAGAGGUCUCCCCCACAGUUACGUGACAGCAGGCCUAGGCACCUGAUGCAUCCUCAUGAAGCAGACGACCCAUAUAUCUAUCACGGUUUAGCUCCAACACUCGCCCCACACCUUUCUGCUGUAUAUUCACCUCGCUCUUUACCUACACAUUUCUCUUAUGAUCACCCUGAGGACUAUCUGUCUUCUCUUGCUUUCACUGAACCUUAUAGUCCAGACCCUUAUGCCCAGAAAUGCUUUUGCUACUGCAAAACUGCUUUCAUCCUACCGGGAACCUUAUCCCUCUACACUUAUAGCCUAUGA